AUGGCGCACGAGGAGGACGCAGAGCGGUCGCUGACGACCAAGUACAUCCUCAUGACCGAGCGGCUAAAAGGCAACCAACUGGAGGGCAAAAAAUUGAAGUUGAAGGUCUGCGCCCCGGGGACGAAGGAGCCCAUCGACUCAAUCGACCCAAAUGCCCCAAGUGACCCAAGCGACCCAAUCGACCAUGACGUGAUAGAACACUUUUGCGACGCUUUAAAAAGGAACACGUCCUUUAAUGGCUACCUCGAUAUAUCUUAUAACGACUUAAAUGAAACCUGCCUUUUUCACAUCCUAUGUACUGUGUAUGAAUGCAAAAAUAUAACUGGCUUGAAUUUAAGAGGAAAUAAAAUUACCAGUAUGCUUUUUAACAAAAUUUUACUGAUUCUUGAAAGUAACAAUUUCGAAUAUAUCAAUGUGCAAAGGACGGAGCUAAAUAAUCAGCAAAUUAAAAAUAUCAUUUUCUGUUCACUAAACAAGAGGGUGAAAUUUAUUAAACUCCCCUUUUUAAACCUCGACACGUUUCAGUUUCUGGUGGAAUACUUAAGCGACAACGAGUCGGUGGAGAAGUUACAUUUCUUUAUGUCGUACCACCACCAAAUGAAUUCCUUCCUCACAGAGGAUGAUGAAAACAUAACGAACAAUUUUGAAAAUUACGUCCACAACUUAAAAAACGCCCUAAAAGAAUUUCUCGACGUGAUAGAGAACAAAGAAAACGUGAUGGACGUCAAGUGCGAAAUCGACUUCCACGAUGAGGAAGUAGACGAAUUGGUGUGUUUCAUCCAUGCUGCUUGCGAGAGGCAUCGACGGAUGGCAGGGGACGGGCCAGGGCUGCGCGAAAAUAGGAUGCACAUCAGUUCGACGGAGAAGAUGCUCUUGCUCAUGCCGGACAUCGACGGGUGCGGCGGAUACGAGAAGGCGCCUCAGCGGUUGCACACCGAAAUAUAUGCUUCUUUGUGUGUGUAUAUACACAUAUAG